AUGCAACCCAGCCUUCAACCUCGUCCGAAAACAGCAACGUCUUCACCCCACCGUAUUCCUACACCAUCUCAUACCCUCAUCCUCUCGGCCUUCGCCGUCCUGUUCCUCGCGCUGGCGCUCCUCAUCCCUCACAGUCUCACAAACUCUGCCGUCCCCCGCCUCCGCCAGCUCUCCAGUCAUCUCCUCCGUCGAAUCCACCUCCCAACUGCCACAAUGGUGACCGCCCCGUCCUACAGUCACGAGCUCGAAGUCGCGCAGCUCGCCGUCCAGCGAGCCACCAUCCUCACCAAGCGUGUCUUCCACGAAAAGGCCAAGGGCACCGUCGACAAGAACGACAAGUCUCCCGUGACUAUUGGCGACUUCGGCGCCCAGGCACUCAUUAUUGCUGCCCUGAAGCACAACUUCCCUGGCGAUGCCAUCGUUGCCGAGGAGGAGGCCGCACAGCUGAAAGAGGAUGCCAACCUGCGUCAGACAAUUUGGGAUCUAGUCAAGGAUACCAAGUUGGACGAUGAAAAGGCUGAGCAGACGCUCGGUGGAGCUAUCAAGAGCGUCGAUUCUAUGCUGGAACUAAUUGAUCUUGGAAACAGCCCGGGUGGUUCCAAGGGCCGUAUCUGGACCAUUGACCCUAUUGAUGGGACCAAGGGGUUUUUACGAGGUGGUCAGUAUGCUGUGUGCUUGGGAUUGAUGGUCGACGGGGAAGUUAGAGUCGGAGUACUCGGUUGCCCCAACUUGCCUGUGGACGAUUCGGCUCGUUUGACAACAGACAUUGGAUCCAACGCCACCGAUGAAGGACGAGGGGUCAUCUUCUCCGCGGUCGAGUACAAGGGGGCCAGUAGCCGACCCUUAACGACUGGCAGUCUCUCCCCGGACAGCAGACACAUUGGCAUGCGUCCCAUCGAGGACCUCGCAAAGGCCACCUUUUGCGAAUCCGUCGAGGCGGGACACUCCUCGCACGAUGAUCAGGCCAUCAUCUCGCAGAAGUUGGGCAUCACAGAGCCGUCGGUCAGAAUGGACAGCCAAGCUAAAUACGGCUCCAUUGCCCGUGGUGCGGGGGAUAUUUAUCUCCGUCUGCCAGUGAAGGCUAGCUACCAAGAGAAGAUCUGGGACCACGCCGCUGGUGACUUGAUUGUGAGGGAGUCAGGUGGCCAAGUUACGGAUAUUUACGGAAAGAGAUUGGAUUUCAGUGUAGGUCGGACGUUGGCGAACAACAAGGGUGUUGUGGCCGCUCCCUUGGGCGUUCAUGACCGAGUGUUGAGGGUUGUGCAGGAGGUAUUGAAGAUUGGGCAAUAG